CCAACAACCAACACGCCCAACUUUCUCAAUCCUUCGGAAAUCCAAAACUGCAGGUCAAAGUCACGAACACGCAAGAACCUUGGGAAACAAGCAACGAGCAAAUCCGAGCGAAUUCAGAUAUAAAAGGAACCUCUAAUCCCUUCGACAAGCAUAUUCUCUACCACCUCUCAAACCAAUACUAUGGGAGAUCUUCAGUUUCUACUCCUAAUCUUCAUUAUAGACGCUGCCGCAGUUGUAAUCCGCAUAUCAUCAGGAUCAUGGUCAACCUCAGCAAAACUUGGGUUGCUUGCCUCGCAUUUGGCUUUAUUGAACCGAGUCUUGGGCUCUAUGACAAGCCAGGUCAGCGCGUAGGCUAUAACCCUCUCGUCAAACAAUGGAACGGUCCAGACUCCAACCUCACCGCGACUUUGGACCUCGUUGAUCCCGGCUACGUAUCUGUUUUUGAGAAACGUCGCCACAUUGACGUUACGGCGUGGGCUACGGUGGCCUUGGCUGGCGGUACUACCAUCCUGGCUGCCGAGUCGGGGAUUAACAUCUAUCAGUUCAUCGCUGAUGUGAUCAAGAGCAAAGCUGAACGUAACAGCUGCUCUAUGACCACCGGCACGGAUGGUAAUGGUCAUGUUGUGGAGGGUUAUGCGUACUUGGCUACUACCAGUGGCCAUGAUUGCAAGACUACGGCUGAGACUAAGACUAUCUUGGAUGCGGUGAAGGAUUGUGCUGAUUGGCAGCAUAAGCAUGGAGCCAUUGUGGGCUGUUGCAAAUUCUCUCAUGGGGGAACUUGGGAAGGCCAUCUGCGCCUCACUUCUCAACCUAACAAGUACCCAGCACAUGCGGUGAACUGUUAGGGAGACACCAAGUUGUCCUACUAUUGAGGGGAUGCAGUGUAUUCUACUUUCGUCUUAAUGUUCUUGGUGUGUCUGCUGGAUAGCUGCCUGGGGAGGAUGCGUAUACUGGGUCAUUCACUUGAUGAUUUCUAUAGCACUCAGCAAAUUUUAAACUUUUGCUCACGAGGGUCUCGAUCCCAUAGUUUCACUGGC